AAAUUCAAGUUAAUCAAAAACUCAAAAGAAGGAAAGAAGUGUCACUUAGAAUCGUGUUCAUAACGGUGUUCUAACCCAAAUCAGCAGUAUAACCGGGUACCGACAUUAGCCAGUCCGGACAAUAAAUCGUUACCGUCAAUUCCAGUCAACAGUUAAACUACACAAAAAGCGGAAAAAGCCCUCUAAGUUUUCAAAUUUUUCAAACUACGCUCCCAGAUAAUAACCCAUUUUUUCUACUCUCUUGCCAUUUUAUUGAGUCUCAAAAAAACCUACUUACAUACACUCAGUGGAUACUUCUAUUUACUCUAAAGAUUGUGGAAUUAGGGUUUUGAUUGAUUGGCCAAGGAGGUAGAAUGGUUGAUGAAGAUAAAGGAAAUAGUGAUGGUGAUAAUUUUACGCUGGGUUUGUUGGCUGAAAAUGGUCAAACUGUAAAGGAAUUGAAGGGCCACCCAGUUAUAGUCGAGAACGGUGAUACAAACCUUGCUGAAUCAUCAGGUGUUGUUUGUCGGACCUACAAGAGGCGGAAGCGUAUGAAAGUGGUACAAGAUGGCGUUGUACUGGGGAUCUCUGCUGGUCAACGUAUGAACCAGUCAAUGAAUGAACCGCUAGAUACAUCCCUUAACAAAAGUUCUGGCAUGCCAGCUAGUGUAGCUCAUAUGAAACCACAUGGUCUUCUGAAUGAUUCCAGUUCAUGGCCUGUUAAAGAUUGGAAGGGUGCUGCUCUGAAGCAGAUGUUUCAAUCAUUAGAGAGUGAUGGUGGUUUGAAAGGAUGUAUUCAAGAGGCACUGGCAUCACAUUCAAAAGCCAGUUGUGCUGGUGAAGCUAAGGAAUCAGGAAAAAGUUGUGAAGAUGGGAACGGAGGUUCUCUGCCAUCAAAGUCUGUAUUUCAAGGAAUCCAGAAUGGAACAGAGCCAGUGCCUUAUGGAUCAGUGGAUGAGCCAAAAAGUCACACUGUGACAGAGCUCUGUCAGCUCACUUUCCUUGAUAUUGUCAAAUCAGAAAAGUUUGCUCAACUAUGUCACGUCCUCUUUGAAAAUUUUGAAGGAAUUAAGGCUGACAAAUUUUUUGAUAUUAAUCUUAUUCACUCAAGGAUGAAAGAUGGAUCUUAUGAGGGCUCAUCCCUCCUUUUUCACUCAGAUAUUCAACAGAUGUGGACAAAGCUUCAUGAAGCUGGCAGUGAAAUGAUUGCUCUUUCAAGGAGCCUUUCAGAAAUAUCAAGGGCUUGUUUCCGAGCUCAGGUGAGUGUUUCAGUGCAAGAAAACACUGAAGAUGCAAAAGAUGAGUUAGUUGCUAAAAUGGAACAAGCAGAGACCUAUGGUGUAAAUAAAAAAUAUGCUUGCCAAUGUUGUGGGGAGAAAGCGGAUGGCAGAGAUAGUUUAGCUUGUGAUUCAUGUGAGGAGAUUUACCAUGUCUCUUGUGUUGAGCCUACUGUUGAAGAAAUUCCCCCAAGAAGUUGGUACUGUGCCAAAUGCACUGCAAAAGGAAUUGAAUUGCCCCAUGACAACUGUGUUUUAUGCGAAAGGAUCAGUGCAUUUAGAUCAGUGAUAAUUGAAGAUGAGGCUGAAGACCUUACAUCUGAAGAUAUGCUUCUGGAACUGGAGGCGAGAACAAAUGCUUUGCAGGAUGAUGAACUUAAACUGGGUGAAGGAGUUAAGGAUUUGCCUUGUUGCAACAUAUGUAGAAUUGAGGCGAGGAGUAAUGAAAAUCUUAAAAUAUGUGGUCAUGCCUUCUGCCCUCACAAAUUUUACCAUGAGAAGUGCUUGACCAGAAAGCAGUUGGAUACUUACGGCUCCUGCUGGUACUGCCCGUCGUGUCUUUGUAGAGCUUGCCUUAAGGAUUGUGAUGAUGACAAAAUUGUACUUUGUGAUGGUUGUGAUCACGCUUAUCAUAUUUUCUGCAUGCAGCCACCGCAGACUUCAAUUCCUAGUGGGCAAUGGUUUUGCAGAAAAUGUGAUGCGCAGAUACAGCAUAUACGCAAAACAAAAAGGAAAUUUGAGACUUUGCAAAAUGAAGCGAAGAAGAGAAAAAAACAAUGUGGAGGAUUAGGUGUACGAAAAGGUAAGGAUGAGGAAGCUUUAAAUAAAUCUGGAGGUGUGGAAAUGCUUCUAGAUGCUGCCAAAACUCUGAAUUCCCAGGAGGAUUUAGCUGCUUUAGGAUCAAAAGACCAAUAAAACUCGGAUCAAUGCAUGGAGUUAUGGUAACUCCGUAAACAACGGAUAUGGUUCGGAGUCCAGUUGACAGUGGUACAUGACCUGGUUGCUGGUGUUUGCGACCUGUAAGAAUUAUACAAGUGGCAAACUUUCAGAUUUUGGUAGGCAUACGAUGUCUUUGUCUAACUGAUAGUCCUAACAAGCCAUGCCUUUAGUAUUUUAGAUUGUAUUUUCUAGUACAUAUUGUUUCUUGGGAUAAUCAGCAACUGAUGUCCAUGUGUUGUAUAAUUAGGGAAAAACAUACGGAUUAUUUUCUUCAUAUUAAAGGGAAGACUCUUAGACCUGA